CUGACUUCCGUCUCCUGAGGAUCCAUCCUUAGAAUUGAGACAUAGCUAUAGCUAUAUUGGUUUGUCUGUAUAGUAUCUUUACAGAUAUGAGUUCACAGAUUCAACAGAACUUCCACCAGGACUGUGAGGCUGCCGUUAACAGACAGAUCAACUUGGAGCUGUACGCCUCAUAUGUGUAUCUCUCCAUGGCUUACUACUAUGAAAGGCACGAUAAAUCCCUGCCAAAUUUUGCAAAGUUCUUCCACACUCAGUCCAGAGAGGAGCGAGAGCAUGCAGACAAGCUGAUGAAUCUGUAGAAUAAGAGGGGAGGCAGGAUUUUUCUGCAGGACAUCAGUAAACCAGAUAGAGAUGAGUGGGGGAGCGGCUUGGAGGCUUUAGAAUGUGCUCUGCAGCUGGAGAAAAGUGUUAACCAAUCACUGCUGGACCUGCAUAAGACAGCGACUGAACACAGUGAUGAUUCUCAUACGUGUUACUUCAUAGAAACAGAGUUUCUGGAUGAGCAGGUAAAAUCUAUCAAACAACUCACUGACUGGAUCUCAAAUCUGCAACGCAUGGGAGCCGAUCACUGUGGCAUGGCCGAGUACCUCUUUGACAAAUACACCAUGGCUAGAUAAACUGUUUACUGUGACACUGAUCCCCUGUCCCGCUCACCUCCAUAUGCUGGCUGAUCCUCUCUCUGACUAACACUGUAAAAGCCCCGGAUCAUAACUAUUACACUUUACAAAAUGAUGUGCCUGCUUUUGCUAAUCAUAUCAUGUGUCGUUUGUGCUUUCAAGGUAUUAAUCCCUACUUUCUAGUGGUGAAGUUGUCGAUUGAAACGGUCAGAUUGGUUGUUUGUUUUGAGCUGCUGUAGAAACAUGGAGGUGCUUUGUGCAAGGCUCUGUGGUAUAAAACUGCUCACUGUGUAGCUCAAAUAAAAACAGUGUGUGUUAAUAUUGUUAAUAUUGUUUUUGUGCUGUGAAUGUAUGGUG